AUGGCUCAACAUUCUUUGUUGUUGCUCUUGGUAGCCACCAUAGGAUUCGUAACCUACUUUGCUUCGUUGGACAUGAUUCAACAAGUGAAUGCUGCUGCAGGACAAGUGACCUACACAGUAUCCACACUUGCGUCGAGUCUCAAUGCACCCUAUUGUUUAUACACUGAUUCAUCGAAUGGAGAUGUUUAUGUUUCAGAGUAUUCAGACCACACCGUCCUAAAAGUUACAUCAGGUGGUUCAACUACUACGUUCGCUGGUACAGGUACAGGUGGAAAUAGUGGAGACGGAGGAGCAGCAACAUCAGCAAGACUACGCAAUCCUUCAGGAGUAUACAUGUAUAAUAACGAGCUAUACAUUUGCGAUUACAACAACCAUAAAAUAAGAAAAGUUGAUACGAAUGGCGACAUUAGUACAAUUGCAGGUACAGGAACAGCUGGUAGCUCUUACGGUACCGCAACUUCCUCUCAAAUCACUCAUCCAUGGUUUAUCUAUGUGUCUUCGAGUGGCGACAUUUACUUUUCAGAGUAUGAUGGCCACCGAAUCAAAAAGAUCAGUGGUGGUGUUAUUUCACUUGUUGCUGGAACUGGAACAUCAGGAUUCAGUGGAGAUAAUGGAGCAGCGACUAGUGCUGAAAUCAGUUAUCCUUGGGGAAUGGUCAUGUCUUCAAGUGGGGAACUUUUUUUUGCAGAUACUGGAAAUCAUAGAAUUAGAAAAAUUGCAACGAAUGGAGAGAUUUCAACAGUUGCAGGAACUGGAGGAACUUCAUCAUCUGCGGAUGGAACCUUAGCAACGAGUGCUCAGCUUAACAAGCCUGCUGGAGUCUUUUUUUCUACGAACAAUGAACUCCUCAUUACAGAACAAGAGGCACACAAAAUUAGAAAAAUUUCAAACGGAUACAUUUACACCCUUGCUGGUACAGGUUCCUCUGGCAGUUCAAACGGUGCAGCAUCAUCAGCAUCCUUUAAUGCACCUUCUGGCAUCUUUGUUACCACAGAUGGUAUUAUUUAUGUAUCCGAAAAAACUGGAAACCGAGUGAGAAAGAUUACUCCUUCUUGUGAUUCAGGAUAUGCAUUAAGCUCAGAUGGAUCCAAAUGUGAUCCUGUGUGCUAUGGAAAAUCUAACAAUGCUGCUUGUGGAGGACCUUCACAAGGUUCAUGCUCGUCACCAGAUAAUUGCACCUGUACUUCAUCUUGGAGUGGAGCUGAAUGUUCAAUGCCAAUAUGUUAUGGCAAAUCAGGAAAUGAUGCAUGUGGUGGGCCUACCAAAGGUUCAUGUACAACUCCAGGCACUUGUUCAUGCACAGCGAAUUGGAGCGGUUCUGAAUGUCAAAUUACUACCUGUUUUGGAUUCAAUAGUGAUGAUACUGCAAAUGUUUGUAAUGGUAAAGGUACUUGUAUCGAUAAGGACACUUGUUCGUGCUCUUCCAAUUAUGCUGGUUCUCAAUGUCAAUAUCCCAAAUGUAAUGGUAUUAGUGGAGAAAAUACAGCCUCUGUGUGUAGAGGUCGUGGAACUUGUGUGAAUGUGAAUCAAUGCCAGUGUAACGCCAACUAUGCUGGAAACGAUUGUGAGUAUGCGUAUUGUAAUGGCAUCCCUGCCAAUGACACUGCCAAUGUUUGUAACGGAAGAGGAUCAUGCAAUGAUGUGGAUGUUUGUGCUUGUACAUCCAAUUACGGAGGAAAAUUCUGUGAAUUCGCCAAGUGCAAUGGAAUUAUUGCAAACCAAACAGCUACAGUAUGUAGUGGUCGAGGAUCUUGCAAUGAUGUGGAUGUUUGUGUAUGUACUGACACCAAUCAAUAUGGAGGACAAUGGUGUCAACUCGCAAAAUGUAAUGGAAUUCUCUCAAAUCAAACGGGUACGGUGUGUACAGGAAGAGGAAGUUGUAAUGCACCUGAUACAUGUGCCUGCACACAACCUUCCUUGUACGGUGGACAAUAUUGUGAACUCCCUAAAUGCAACAACAAGCUCUCUAACGAGACUGGAGUCUGUAAUGCCAGAGGAACUUGCUCAUCACCCAAUACUUGUACUUGUACUGACCCAGCCAAAUUUGGUGGAAACGACUGUGAAUAUCCCAAGUGUUUUGGCAUUCUUCAAACAAUGGCAUCUACGGUGUGUAGUGGUCAUGGUUCAUGCGACGCUCCAGACGUGUGUCGAUGUAAUGCUGGAUGGACAGGACCAGCAUGUGCCAUGCCUACCUGUUAUGGAAUUAAUCAAAAUGAAACGAGUAGUGUUUGCAAUGGUCGUGGAACUUGUAACGGUCCUGAUCUCUGUGCCUGUAAUUCUCAGUGGGGUGGUCCAACUUGUGCCAUACCAAAAUGUUUUGGAAUUUUACAAAAUGUAACUUUGAAUGUUUGCAAUGGACAUGGUUUGUGUGAUGCUCCAGAUGUUUGUGUGUGUAAUGCUCAAUGGGGUGGUCCAAGCUGUUCCAUACCAAAAUGCUUUGGCGUUUUUCAGAACGUGACUUUGAGUGUUUGUAAUGGUCAUGGUUCCUGUGAUGCUCCCGAUGUGUGUCGAUGCAAUGCUGGAUGGGGUGGCUCUGCUUGUGCCUUACCCAAGUGUGGCAGCUUUUUACAGAAUCAAACGUCCACCGUGUGUAGUGGUCAUGGUUCAUGCGACGGCCCAGACAUGUGUCGAUGUAGUGCUGGAUGGACUGGACAACUUUGUGACAUGCCCAUUUGUUUUGGAGUGAGACAAAAUUUGACAGGAACUGUGUGCGGUGGACAUGGUUUAUGUGACGCUCCUGAUACGUGUCGAUGCAGUACUCAAUGGGGUGGGCCAACUUGUUCCAUUCCCAAAUGUUUUGGAAUUUUACAAAAUGUAACUUUCAGUGUUUGUAACGGACAUGGUUCAUGUGAUGCACCAGAUGCGUGUCGGUGUGAUUCAGGUUGGACAGGUCCAUCCUGUAAUAUUCCAAUUUGUUAUGGUAUUUUAGCGAAUCAAUCUUCAACUGUUUGCAGUGGACGAGGUUCUUGCAAUGGUCCUGACUCGUGUAAUUGUCAUACCAAUUAUUAUGGGGAGAGGUGUGAAAAAACAACUUGUAAUGGUCUUGCUUCAGAUGAUGUGAAUGUUUGUUAUGGACAUGGAACAUGUUCCUCCUUUAACAAUUGUACGUGUCAUAGUGGUUAUGGUCCAUCGAGUACUUGUCAAUAUCCAAUAUGUGGAGGAUUGUUGGCCAAUGACACUAGAGUCUGCAAUGAUUCUCGUGGAAUUUGUACAUUGCCAGAAAAGUGCUCACCUCUAGAUCCUGUAUGUUAUGGAAAAGCAAAGAAUGUAUCGACUGUUUGCAGUGGAAAUGGUACUUGUAUUGACUGGGAUGAAUGUCUUUGUAACCCUAGUUAUUACGGCAAUGUUUGUCAAUUCUGGAAAUGUAAUGGCAAAAACUUUAAUGAUUCGUUGGUGUGUAGUGCACAUGGUACUUGUGCUUCUGUGAAUUAUUGUGCCUGUAACAGUGGAUGGUAUGGUAAGAAUUGUGAGAUACCCAUGUGUGCUGGAAAAUUGGCAACCUCUCCUGAGGUUUGUAAUUUCAAGAAUGGUACCUGUACCACACCAGGUCCAUGCUCUUGCUACACAGGUUACACGGGUCCAGAUUGUAGUAUACCAAUUUGUUAUGGAACACCUGGAAAUUCAUCUCAAGUGUGUUCAGGAAGAGGUAGUUGUGUCAGUAAGGACAAUUGUAUCUGUGAUCCUGCAAAAUACGAUGGCACCCAAUGUGAAAACUACAAGUGUUAUGGAAUUUCUCAAACAAGUUCAAAUGUCUGUAGCGGAAAUGGUACAUGUAUUGGUGUAGAUUCUUGUAGUUGUUUCGCAAAUUAUACUGGUUCUAAGUGUGACAUUGUCAUGUGUUCAGGAAAAUCAGCACAAGAUUCCUCUGUGUGUAGUGGAAAUGGUCAAUGUAUUGGUGUGAAUAAGUGUCAAUGUAAUAGUGGAUACUAUGGUUCGAAUUGUGAAUAUACCACCUGCAAUGGAAUUGCCUCAGAUAGUACUGAUGUUUGUAAUUAUAAGAAUGGUACUUGUGCUGCCUAUAACAAGUGUGUCUGUAAUUCUCAAUGGACUGGAAAUGAUUGUGAAAUUACCUCUUGCUAUGGAACUUUCUCUAAUGAUAGCUCUGUUUGUAAUGGAAAUGGUAUUUGCCAGUUGCCAGACUCAUGCACAUGUCGUAAUUCCAGCUAUUAUGGUGGAUCGACAUGUCUUCCAAAAUGUUUUGGUAUUUUAUCAGACGUUACUGGUGUUUGUAGUGGACAUGGAUCUUGUGAUGCUCCGAAUGUAUGUCGUUGUUCGAGUAGUGGAUACCUUUACUCAGAUUGUUCUCUGUUUUAUGUUCCUGCUUCAGGCAUUACUUUACAAUUCAAUAGCACCACAGCUUAUGUGAAUGAGGCCUCGACAUCACUCACUCUCUCUCUCAGUCAUCCAACCUUUGCAGCCACUUAUAUUGGUAGAACUGUGAGAAUUGCCUUUGAUUUUGAAUUUAAUGGACAAGUUACUUCCAAUCAAACGUAUGAUGUUGUUCCAUCCUCAUCAACAACCAAUGUACAAAUAAUUGCUCCAUCAUACUCCAAUACUGGUUCUCUGAAGGCUUAUGUAGUGUUGGUGGAUCGUACCACCUCAGUGACCAUUUCAGAUCGCGUAUCAUCGAGUGCUGUUGCAAUUCAAGUUCGACCAAAGCCAAGCGUUAUCACCUCUUCCCCUCGUAAUACCGAUGGAGGAAAUGGCGGAGCUAUUGCAGCUGGUGUCAUUGUUCCUUUGGUUGUGAUUGGAGGUGUUACUGGUCUCACAGCUACUAUUGUCUCAGUGGUUGUUUUUAUGAAGAAGAAAGCUGCUGCAGCUGCUGCAAGAGAAAUUUCUGUUGCUCAACACACAAAUGUUGAAUUGGUCGAAGGAUUCUAA